GCAGUUCAUGAUUAACGUAACGUCAGGCUUACGAUCGAUCCCGGCCGCUUACGACCGCAUUUGACAUAAGGUUAAGUAAUUUGACAUGAGGUUAAAAAGUUUGAGACCUGCGACUUGAAUUUACUGGGCAAGAAGGUACUGACGAAAUCUCAGAUCUGGCUGCAGUGCAACAAGUGUAAAUACACUACACAUCAUGAUUCCUUCAUGAUGCAUCGCAUGAAAGAUCAUAACGAGGAAAGGGCAGCUGACGAGCACAUCUUCGAGAGUCAGCAGGAAAGUGAAAGAGACAGUUACAACAAAGUGAAUGACUUGGAGAACAAGGAGAAUGAAACAGAUAAUUCUGACAUUGUUAUCAAGGAUGAUAAAGCGAUGGAGGUAACACUUUUGGAGCCGAUUCAGUCAGUUUUCCCUAUUACUCAAUCCACCCCACCACCACUUUGUUGGAUUUAUCAAAUUGUAAUCAUCUAUAUGCUUCCGAUAUAUUACCAGCGAGUAGGUAUUAUUUACUGAUUAGUUAAUACAUUACUGUAAAUCUGUCUUAAAAAGGAAUUUUUUCUUACGAAAGAUUUUUUUACGUUGUCCCAAAAACAAAUGUAUGUUCUGCAACCGAUUGACACGGCUGAUAUUGAAAACUUGAGGAAGAUGGACUCUGAUCCUGAGCAGAAAAUGGAAAUGAAGAGCGAAUGUAGAAAACGGAUAACCUUGAAAGAGGAUGGAAGUCUAGAACUGGUAGAGAUGCCUUGAAACAAGACAGAAAGGUCGAAUAUCGACACGACGAUGGUGUUUGAUUAACUGUGCAAAAAUCAAAGGCACUUUACUAUUAUAUUUAGUUGCUUUAACUGUUGAAAAACUCAGUGUAAUAUACAGAAAUUUAUUAUAAUUCUAAUGUUUAAAUGAAGUAACUUUAUUCGUCAUACUUGGAUUUCCGCAUGACACUCGCAAUCACGUUUAUUUUGCUGAUCAAAGCUGUGUCAUGUUGAUAAUACAUCGAUGUCAAUAGACUCACGGGUGGGAAAAUCGUAGUUUCGCUCUUUCAAUUUUAUCUAUAUUGCUAAUUGUUAUUCCUCUUAAUUGUAUGUUACUUC